UGUUCACAUUUUGGCUCGUUCCCACAUACCUUUUCUUGUUCAUCUCGACAGUUGUACUUUUGACUUCUUCUUGUACCGUUGCCAUGUCUCAGACUCCUGACCCCUCUUGCCUGAAACCAACGUCUGUCGCCAUGAGCCCAGUGGCAUAUGCCAGUCCUAGUCGUGGUGGCGUUUCACCCUGUAUAAGUGUAAGAAGAUCGUUCGAUUUGUGUAUGGACCUUGCCAUACUGAGGCAACUGCGGUCGCAAGAGUGCCCCUUUAGAAGAGGGAGCCCAGCUAUGGACAUAGUUGCUGCUGAAUUAUCCAACUCGGAUCCAACCAAGUUUUGUGGUAUCAACAAAAAGGGUGUGCGUGAUCGAGUUUUGCUGCUGCUCGAGCUCUUCAACAAAGGCGAUGAGUGGAAAAAACGGCAAUCUGGCACUGAGGAGGAGCUAACGGAGAAAGGCCAGCUUCUGGCUGAGCUCCAGGAGCUUUAUGCUGAAAAAGCCCAGCCCAAGCCUGCUGGUGAUGGCGAGAAACAAGCUGCCCUCCAGGCGAGAAAGGAUGCGUGCGUGACGCUGGCCAGUAAGAGUAAGGAAGCAGCAGAUGAGCCCGCUGCAAAGCGGAAGAAACACGGAACGUCGAGCGUUGAACUCGCUAUUGCUUACCUGAAGACCUCACAGGAGGCGGAUGCAGCAGUAAAAAAAGCACAGCUAGAACUGGAACAGCAGCAGCAUCAAGACAAGCUGCUAUUAGAUAAAGCCAAGAUGGACCUUGAGGAAAGGAAAUUCAUCGCGGAUGACAUACAGAGGAAGAAGAAACAAGAGAUGGACGAAAAGGAUCAAGCAGCCAGGCUGAAAAGAGAGGACGAGAGGGAAGAAGAUGCAGCUGCUGAGCGCCGCGCACUCAUAGAUUUAAUGAAAACAUUUGCUUCCAAGUUUUCAUAAUUCCCCGCCACAAAUCCAGCUUGUGACCUCAGGCCACAUCACCGAGCCACCAAGCUGAGAAUUGAGGCGUCAUCGAGUCUUUGCCCUCCCCACCACCCACUCCACCCGCCUUCAACGUUCACCCUUGUACUCCGCAUGCUCUCAGUACAACCACCUGCCACGACACUUUUAUUCCCUCCGAGAAAUAGAUGCAUUCAAAAGAGAAGGUACCCUGAUCAUAGUAUUGCAGUAUCCCUGCUUUACAGUUUACACAUGACUACAGUCCAUUUCAAAACUAUAGACGCGUACCUAGGCAAAAACCGUUAUGCCAGCAUCUAUACCACAUAAAAUCUGUGAUCACUUUGUGCAUAAAAUUUUCCAAAUUGGGCGUCUGUUAUCCAAUCCUUUAGAAACUAUAUGAGAGUAAUUGUGGAGCGAUCCUGAGCAAUAUUCCGAAAACUAUUCUCAAAAAGUUCCAGCCAAAUUUGAAAUAUUUCAAAAACCCUACGCGUCUAUAGUUUUGAAAUGCACUGUAGUACAUGUAUUUUGCAUGACUCUUAUAAUUACUCUUGUUACUACUUUCGGACAAGUCCUACAUCAUGUAGCUCACACAUGACUUGAUUACAUCAGGAGUACCGCACUUCUAGAAAGAUCCUAGAUCUUCCAUGCAUGCUGCUGUCAUCACUUCUAGUGUCACUUCCUUUUAGUUAGUACAGUCAUGCACAGUCAUGUACAUGUAUGUCAUGUUGUUCCGGACUAUUCCAGACCUUCCACGUCAUAUGCCCGAUGAGUAAUGUUGCUGACUAAAUUGCAUAAUAUAGAUAUCUCAUCUUCUAGAAUGCCUCGCUUAGUCAUUAUGUUAAUGUUACGCAAUGCUCACUUCAUCUACCUGUAUAGCAAUGAUGAUCUAGGUUUGCCUUCUCCACUAUUCUAGAACUUGUACUAGAAGGAUGAUUUCGUAAUCACUGCAAUUUGCAAUGUCAUAUACUUUGCUCGCCUAUAAAAGCUGCUGUCUUUUCUGCCACCAUGAGAUUAGCUCAGAUUAGAUUAGAGAUUAGAUUAGAGAAGAGAUCGGAGAGAUCCGAUAGAUAUCAGAGAGAGAACAAGAUAGAGUUCUGUUCACUUAGGAAUAUUUGAUAUAAGAUAACCUCCAGGCCGUGCCGGAGUAAGUUCUGAUA